UCAUGAGAAUCAAGAUCUUUCUCCACCCUUCCCUUAUCUAAUUUCCUGCAAGUUAAACGGGCUUUAUAUGCCUCUGAAUCAAACACAGAACAUUGAGAAAGAUCUUAAACACCUAAAGAAAACAAAUAACAUUGGCCUUGAUUAAGGCUGACAUUCACCGACAUUAACAAGAUGGGAUGCAAGGUGUUGUGGCUCAGUGUUGCUCUCAUUCCGUAUCUUAUGAUCUGUGAACAUGUCCGAGCACAAUGUACACAGCCUUCUUUUGCAUCAAGGAAUGUCAUCUUGUCAGAAUCUUAUCUCUCGACUCAAAGUUUCCCAGAUGGAUCAACCGUAACAUUUGAGUGUGGAAUUGGGCAUAAACCAGUAAACUCAAGAGCAUCUAAAUCUGCUACUUGUGAGAGAAACCAGUGGACAAGUCUGGAAUUAGAGUGCACAAAAAAAACCUGUGGGAGUCUUCCAGAUUUUGAUAAUGGGAGAUAUGAAAGAACUGGGAAUUUAUUUGGUGACAAAGUUACAGCGGUUUGUAACACAGGAUACAUGUUAGAUGGAUUGAUAAAAGACAGAUGGUGCCGAGAUCAGGGAUGGGAUGGCAGAGAUCCUGUCUGUGAAGUGGUGAAAUGUAAGGCACCUCCAGCCAUAGUAAAUGGACAGCUUGAAGAUGUGCCUUUGGACAGUUAUGAUUAUUUACAGGCCGUGUCCUACAGAUGUAACAGUGGGUUUAGUCUUAUUGGAAAUUCAGCACUUCAUUGUUCUGAGAAUGGGACGUUUAAACCAGAUCCGCCAAAAUGUAUGGAUGGGUGCCCAAAGCCUGAAAUUUCACACGCAACUAGAAUCGGUGGAAGAUCACCCCCCUACAAACUGGGACACUUUAUAGAUUACAAAUGUGAUGAUGGCUUUUCAAUGAAAGGAGACUUCCAUAUUGUGUGUGGAUCAACAGGAUGGAACCCUGAACCACCAAAGUGCAUUGAGCAUUGUAGCCUACCUGAUUUUAGAGGAAAUGUCACUUUAACAGAGAAAUUCGACGCACACAAAAAAUUCCCACUUGGAUCCAAAGUAACAUUUGAGUGCAUUAGGGGAUUUGAACCAGUUGACUCGACAGUGUCUAAAUCAGUUACCUGUGAGGAAAACAAAUGGACAGAACUGAUCUUCACUUGCAAAGCCCUACCUUCAACAACCACAACUGCCACGAUAGUAACAUCCAAGGCUCAACCUAAAGAUAAUGGUAUUGCACUCUUUGAAUCUAUACUCCAUUAUAACAUUUUUAGAUACACAUUUAUAUUCUCCAAAUGUCCCUGUUUUAAAGAGUUAACGACGUAAAAAUCCAGAAAGAGA